AUUCAUUCGUGGGCACGUGUAACGUAUCUCUUAAAUAGUCAGCUUGACAAUCUUAUUUUUGUAAAAUGAACUUGUUGCCACUGACAUCAGAAGAAAGAAAAGAAAUUCUGAAACAGUAUAACAUCACUGAAACUCAAAUUAAAGUUAACGUGGAAAUAAUCAAAGAAUGGAAAGAAAAAUUACCAUAUCUACCAACAACUAUUACUGACGAUUUUAUUGCAAGGGUUCUAUUAAAAAAUAAAUUUCGUAUAGAACGCACUAAAGAAAAGUUAGAUAAUUAUUUCAGCCUUCGAGGCCGGAACCAAGAUAUGAUUCGUGGUUUUGAAAAUAUUGUUCCUUCUAAACACUUCGGUUUGUGCUUGCCAUUGCCUAAAUUAACACCUAAACUUGAACGUGUCAUUCUCCUCAAGUUAAAGGACACAAAUCCCGAUAUAUAUGACGUAGAAGAAUAUAUUCAUUUUAACUUAGCUAUGACAGAACUAAGUUUACAAUUUGAUGAUAGCAUAGGAAUACGAUAUAUGUUUGAUUUUGAAGGGUUUUCUUUUAAACAUCUCCUGAAGUUUAAUCCAAUUCCAAUAGCUAAACAUUUCGAAUUUAUUCAGAAAACAUAUUCGUGUCGGAUAAGCGGAGUCGAUUGUAUUAAUUUAUUUCCAGCAUUCGCUGGUAAACUGCAAGCACUGUUGAGGCAAAUGUUGUGGGGAAAACUUCAGGAAAGACUGAAAAUUUAUUCAGACAUAAAUGCUCUGUACAAUUUAAUUCCCAAAGAAUGUUUACCAUCCGAAUAUGGCGGUAGUUGCAGUAACAUACCAGAUCUAUUAAGACAAUGGGAUGAAGCUUUUAAAAAUCAUAAAAAAUUUUUUAUCGAAAACUACAACAAUAUUGCUUUGGAGCAUCUGCGUCCAGAGGAUAUGAAAACAAAUGAUGAAUUUGGGCCUGACGGAACAUUCAAGAAAUUAACUGUGGACUAGUUUUCAACUUUCACCACCUGACUGAUAGAAACGGAAAAUACUGCAUUAGAUUUAAUGUUAGGCGGUGUGAAUUAUGAAACACAUCGUGUCAUAUUUCAACUGUAUAUAAGUGAGGAAUUUAUUAAUAAAAUUAAUA